AUGCCUUCCCCGGAUAGGUUUGGAGGAAUGUUCCGCUCUUUUUGGCAUACAAUGAUCUCCAGUGACCGCCAUGCGUCCCACGACUCUCCCUACCGCACGGGCCAGCAUAUGCCUCUUAACCAAAGCCGUCAUGCUCCCCUUACAUCAGUGGCCACCAGCGCCCUAGAAUCUCGUCCAGACCUGAGCUCACCGUACGGCGAUGAUACCUCCGCGCAAUUUACACCAGCUCUACAAAACGGCGACGCACGCGCACCAGGCAGUCCUGGCGCGGGUCCUCUUCAGUCACCCACUUCUCCUUACUUGCCUGGCAUGCGGUCAAACAUGGCAUUAAAACGACAACAAUCAAACGAACCCAAUCCUUUCGACAGCGUAACACCGGGAGAAAUACAAAUGCAAAGCUUCCAAGAAGGCCUCCCCCCACCCCCACCAGCAGCCCAUUCUUGGAAAAAGAUUGAUCGAUGGGCUGAGGAGAAUUACGAAGAACUCUACGACCAGCUCUCUGAAGGAUGCACUCAGAAUGAUGUCAACGAGCUUGAGCAUGAGCUUGACUGCUCUUUACCCAUGGAAGUACGCGAAUCUCUACAAGUACAUGAUGGGCAAGAGAGAGGUGGGAGACCCACUGGCAUUAUCUUCGGCUGCAUGCUUCUCGACUGUGAGGAGAUUGUUCAAGAGUGGAAGAAUUGGCGGGUAGUCAAUGAGGAAUAUCUCACAAGCCCGUCAACCAAUCAGACGCAGUUCCCGCCAAAAGCCUUCGGUGGAGCAUCCUCAUCCUCGGUUUCAGCACCAGUUCCAGUUUCACAACAAGCAACCAACCCGUUUUGGCGACAAGAGCUCCUCGACAAACAAGACUCACAGCCAUCUAGAGCUAUUCAAAAAGCUUACGCCCAUCCCGGAUGGAUUCCAUUGGCUCGUGAUUGGGGCGGUAAUAACCUUGCGGUCGAUCUUGCGCCCGGACCCGUUGGGAAAUGGGGUCAGAUCAUCAUCUUCGGCCGAGACUACGACUGCAAGUAUGUUGUUGCUCGAUCAUGGGCCGCUUUUCUCGCAACAGUAGCAGAUGACAUGAGUAGUGAAAAGGUUUUUGUCGACGAGGAGACACAGGAGCUUAAGCUUCGGGAAUUCAAGACCGCCACUGUCGAGCCAGCAUAUCUGAAUAUACUGCGCUGGAGAAUGGAUCAGAAGUAUGGUCGAAAGGGCCCUCGAAGAAGGCCGGGUUCUGGACCAGGUACCAACGCCAAUGGCACCGCUAAUACUGGAUCUCCGUACGGAAGUCCGACUGAAGAAAGAGGACGCUCACCACAAAGGUUUCCUCAUCGUGGGCCGACCCAUACUCAAAGUCCCCGUGGCGCUGUUGGAAAACCCAGCCCUCUGGCUCAAGUGACAGAAGAGAAUGCAGCACCAAAGAUUCACACUGGCGGUGACGCCAAUAGAGAUAUCUUUGCUCAGAACACUGCAGCUAGCGAGCGCAAUGGGAAUCUAGUCGAGAUUGGAAGUCCUACUGGCCCAAACGACGGCUAUAAACAAGCGCCUCUGGGCCAAGCGAUGGAGGCCGACAUGUCUGGUGUGCUAAGCAACGCGACGAACAAAGACAUACAGACCAAGUCAGCGCUAAAAGGCCUUGGGGUUGAUGGUGUCGAUGACAUGAAAAGCGUUGAAAUCUGA